GUAAAGGAAGAAGGAGUUGCGAGUUUAUUCAAAGGAGUAACUCCAGUCUUACUACGAGCUUUCCCUGCAAACGCGGGUCUUUUUCUUGGUUACGAAGUCGCCAUGAAGACUUUUAGCUGGAUUUUACCGGAAUAAGGCGGAGAAAAAUGUUCUGGAUGUUUUAACGCUUCAACUGACCAACUAAUUACACCUCACUUUCUCUCCGACAUUGAAAUUGCGGCUCAUCGAAAGAUACCGCUCAUCGUGAUUUGCAAUGAAAUUCUUCUAACCAAUGACAUAAACUGUGCGAAGACCAUUGAGGAGAGUUUGUGUUUACGUCAGUGUUUUAAACAGUCAUUCCUGGAGUUGCUCUGAUAAAGUCAUUAUAUCUUAUCUUCUCUCUAAUAUCAUACAAGUGAUCUAUCAAUCAAGAAACUGACUUCCUUGUGUUGGGUGGAUCUCUGCAAACCUCGUUAUGACGCCGAGGCAAAGGCAAUUGUUUUCCACGUUGUGGAGCUGGAUUUAUCUAUGUACACUCCGGUCUGCAAUUAUGGUUUGUAUUUACGCGGUGUGUUGUAUAGACUGGAAGGAUUCUAGACCGAUAGACUGGAAAUAAAAGCUGGUUUCUAUAUAUCAAAUUUUUCACACAAUAAAGGAGUUUACUCUUCCUCUCUCGUUAAAUGUAUAAAAAACAGUAUGGAGAAUGCCAAUACUGAGUGUUAGGGUGUAAAGGGUUACUGCUGCAAAUGCGGCCCUUUCCGCUUAUUGAGAAGUGAUUUAGAGAAAAAAAAAUAUUUUUGCGUGGUCCACGCAAGCAAUUUAUUAACGUUAGGAAAGGACACAAAACGAAUUAUACACGAAAGUUGUUGACGGAGUUUCAGAGGACAUCAUGUUGCAUUUCGCUUUUGUAGCAAUUUCGAAAAAAAAUUCCUGUUCAUGACUCUGCGUACAAUACUUUCUGCAAACGUAAGUCGUGGAACGGAAAAAGAAGUGACACGUUUGUGAUCAGUGAUUGAACCAGUUAGGUGAUGCAAAUAAAAGUUUGUUCUAUUU